AUGGAGCGGUCGGGAGGAAGAGGCGACGGCGCUGCACCGCCGCACGAGCAGCCCGGAGUGCCCUGCCCCGGAGAUUCACUGGCCGGGCAGGCACUAUCUCGUGCCUUGAGUGGCUCUCCAGCGGAAUCAAGCCCCGAGAGCAGCCAAUCGACAUCAAGAGGGAUCCUGUCCACUAGCGGUGGCUUCAUGCAAUCGGAACCAUCAGCAGGGGCUGGAAGUUCCAUGUCCAGAGCUCCGACACGUGCAGGCCUGAGCCCGCUCUCUGCAUCGCCGGUUCUCCUGGAAAUUCCAUACGGCUACACAGCCCAGCAACCGUUCGUAGGAACUGCGGGGAUGAUAGCUCGCCAUGGACAUUUUUUCCAUGCAGUUUCUGGAAUCCGCCAUGAGCUGCGGACACCAGUGCUGGCACCCUUUCCGAUGCAGAACAUUUCCUCGAUCGAUGCAGCCGGUCGUAUUUGGCUGCCUUAUAUUCAAACCAUGUGUUCGGGAGCUGGCAAUACCGCUUCGAUGGGAUAUUUCGUUGACCCCCGGCGGUAUUAUCGGAUUGUCAGCCGAAGAGAACGGCGUUUUCUCCAGUGGAUGCGCAUUCGAGGUCGCGAGACAAGCGUCCAGCAAUCGUUUCAUGACAUGCAUGUAAUGAGCCACGCUAUGUUUGUGCAAAGGAAUAUGUCGUUAUGUGCGGGCAGAAGAAGGCGGCGGCAUGAGUCGCGAAGGGCUCAUGCCCUCCGUCGCCGCCGCGAUAACUCUGGAAGGUUCCUGUCUGGUCCUGCGACGCGCCCGCACUCAACAGUAUCCCAGCAAAGUCAUUCAACAGCGUCGAUGGAGCCACGGACGGGCACCGAAAGCGUCGAAAAGAACGACCAGGCAUCGUUCCAUGGUGAGUCAUAA